CAGCUAGACAUACACACACUCACAUACUUCAACAGAUCUAUUCACAACUUACAUGCACAUAUAUCAACACACUGCACUGCAAAGCUCACACAUUUUGUACUUUAAAUAAUUUGGUAUUCCAAGCAAAAUAAUAAUCACACUGGAUUAGAAUUGACUAAUCCAUACAUUUAGCAUACACAAAACUCACUGCUUUCUCUGAUUCAAGCACUUGGCUAUACUCUGAAACUCGAUCUUUACUCCUGGAAAGGAUUAGCAGCUGAUCACUUGUUAACUGGAUCAUUGUGAGCUUGAGUGGACCACCUAUCCGGCUCACAUUUUCUUCGCAGAAUGAUCAUUCGACUCGGACGUCUCACACCAGGUUACUUCCGCCUACUGCAGCUGCAGGUUGCAGGAGAGCUGGCUUCUGAACCAAAGGAUCGACUAGUGAAUCAUUUGGCACUGCUUUUGGCACUUAUGGGCCUUGGACUGUCCUACUACAGUGUGCGGCAAAUGGUACAUGAGUCUAGCGUUCCACCAUCACAUUAAUAACUGGCGACAUCAUUGUAAACCUAGCAAGAAAAACAGAAUUUGGAAAAUAUCAAGCAUAAAUAUUGGAUCUAAAUAGUUUUUACCCAGCAAACCUUGCAGGAGAGAUGGUGAUAAACUGAAAAUAAUCUCAAUGGUGAUACCCAAGGAAGACACCUUUGAGCAUGAUAUCUAGGUAUGAAUAAAUGCAUACUGUUUUAUGGUUAAGUAUCCUUGUGACAGAAUGUAUGGCUAUAUGUAUGGAGUAAGAGGCAAACAAGUUAGUGAAAAUAGUAAAUAUGCAAAAGUGAUAACAGCUAUCUUUAAGCACAAUUGUGUCAGCAGGUGUACAAAAGUCUUUGGCUGGUACUCCAUACAAAUUCCUCUCACUUUUCAUCUUUAGAUGUGGCAAUUCUAUCAAAUGAAUAACUUGCCAAGUUACCCUGAUGCAUAUAUGGACAUAAUAUUUUAAAGACUGGAUAUUCACACACAUAUACAUGGUGAUGAGUGGUGAUUGGUGAACUGAUCAAUGGCUUGCUCCAAUAAUUUCAAUGUGUAACAUUUCCUGUAUAGCUAUAAAAAAUAUACAAUGGUUAACAUGUA